GAGUUCACAUAGGGGAGCAAAAAGUAAAGAAUGCUCGAAAAAGAUAUAACCGGUGAGGUCUCUUGAAUAGUUUGCGCUGGGCAUGGGCAGCAAAAUGGUUAUGCUCGGGGGUGCUUGAAGAGGCAUCGAGAGAAGAUCAGAAAAUAGUUUUGAGAAAUUUUGUUUCGCUAGAAUUCUUUUCCCAAUCAAAGCUCUUGGCCGUAGCCGGCCUCUAGGAGAUUUGCGGCGGCGAGGUCGCAAAAGGUUUUCUGUAAUCGACUUCGGAAACAGGUUUUGUGAGGAGCUUGUGCUGUGCACUGGCAGAAGAGGACCGCAGAGUGGUCACCGUAGGGCCUAAGCAUCGUGAACUCUAGUGGAUGAUGGCUUUUUCUGUCCGGUUGGAUGAAGAAGCCAAGGACAGAUUACUCAACAUGUCUAGAAUGCUUAGGGAAUCCCGAUCAAGCUAGGGCAGAGCAUGUGCAAAGUUCCAACCAGGGAAUCGGUGGUUCUGUUCUCGGCAACCAAACCCCGAGUGCUCCAAUCUUGGAGGAGACAAUGGCUCGGAGAAAGGUGACUGCAGGGGAGGCCCAGAGGAUGAAGAAGAUUCGUGAAAUCAAGCAAAGGAAAAACAGGCUCAAGGCAGAAGCGGACAGUGACCCAAUCGAGGAAUAUGAUGUUUGUGCGAUUUGUGACGAUGGUGGUUCUGUAGCUUGCUGCGAUGGUGGUUGUCAAAGGUCUUUCCACCUAGUUGACCGGGGGGACGACAGUGAUGAGGAACAUGCAGAUUGCAGAGAAAAACUUGGGCUAACUUUAGAACAGGCAAAGAUGAUUGUCAACACGGAGGAAGGUUUUAUAUGCAAGAACUGCCAGUACAAGCAACAUCAGUGUUUCGCUUGUGGAUUGUUGGGAUCUUCUGAUGACACAUCAUCACAACCUGAGGUAUUCCAAUGUUCGCACGAUGAUUGUGCGCACUUUUACCACCCUAAAUGUAUUGCUCAACUGCUAUACCCAAAUAGCGAAGAGGCCACACCUUUUGAGGUCGAAGUUGCUGCUGCCAGAGAGAAAUUCACUUGUCCUGUGCAUGAAUGUAUCGUGUGCAAGGGUGUAGAGAAUAAGAAUGAUAGGAGCAUGCAGUUUGCAGUCUGCAGACGCUGCCCAACUGUAUACCACCGGAAGUGCUUGCCAAGUGAGAUCAUUUUCAAAUCGAGGAAAGGUCCCAAUGGUUCGCUGCAAAGGGCAUGGGACGACAUUCUUCCUGACCGAAUUUUAAUAUUCUGCAUGAAGCAUAAGAUCGUAAGGAAACUCCGAACACCCGAGAGGAACCAUAUCAUCUUUCCUGAAGCCAAUGAACAAGAUAUGCCUGAGGAAAUUGAGGUGCGCAACCAUCAGCCCUCUUCCGAGCAAACUAAGGCACCUCCACCAGCUGCAAGCAACCAGAACCAGUGCUCCUGUUCCAGUCCCCUCUCGUUCGCUCCAAGCUCCUUGUUCACGCAACCAUAUCCAGGCUCUUGCGGUUGGCUCGAUGACUGAUCAUACUCCAACAACCUCUCUGUAUCUUGUAGACAGUAGACGGCAGAAACCAGAUGUUUACAGGUCGUCCUCUGCAAAAUGCAUGUAGAUUGACAGUUUGUGUUGGUUACAUGCGACAAAACCUGAAAUCUUUUGUCGUCAUUGGAAUCAUUUGGUUUCAUUUUUAGCAUGUUGCACAUAACCGGUGGUUAGCAGGGAGGCAGUUCAAGCCCAGUGCAACAUAGCAUGUACCAUCAUCUCCUGUUUCA